ACUUUCUAAUCUCACUUCAUUCAAUAAUUUCACAAUACUCGUGGAAAGUGAAGAUUUUGGUGUUAGUGAAAAUACUGUAAUCAUCUCCACAUUCGCUUGAAAUGAUAUUUCUUAAUCUAUAAACUCCAAAUCCUCCUAAUUCGGCCUCACCAUGCCGUCCUUGGCCUCUAGCUUUCAAAGUUUUACGCAGCUUGCCACUCUUAAAACUCUAUAAAAAGGCUCUCCUAGUUAUUUUUUCAGACAGCUCUUCUACAAUUCUAUAGACUUUACAACCUUAAAGCCAUCACUUUCUCAUAUCUUUAGCCAAUCAAAUGGAUUCUCACACUGGGUUUGUGAUUUUUGUGCUCUUUGCUGCAAUUGUUCCUUCCACAACUCUGGCAAAAGAUUACAUAGUGGGAGAUGAUUCAGGCUGGACUACUAACUAUGAUUACCAAGCUUGGGCUCAAGGCAAAAACUUUAUGGUUGGAGAUACACUCGUUUUCAAAUACCCUGUUGGCAUCCACAAUGUGUUUAAAGUGAAUGGAACUGGCUUUCAGAACUGCAGUGUGCCGCCAUUGAACGAGGCUUUAACCAGUGGAAAUGAUACAAUUGUUUUAGCAACACCAGGAAGAAAAUGGUACAUUUGUGGAGUAGGCAAGCACUGUGAAGUUGGAAACCAAAAGCUUGCCAUAACUGUGCAAUCUCAAGCUCUACCACCAAGCCUGGCACCUUCUCCUCGCAGCAGUCUGGGUCAGAAAAAAAUGGAUGCCAAUAAGAGAUCAUUUAUCAACUUCCAUUGGUGAUGAUUAUUGCAUUCAUAUAUAAUAAAUGUUAUAAUUUCUCUUGUUAAUUUUCAGCUAUUAAUUGAGUGUUAGCUUUUCAGUUUCUAAAAUUAUGUAUUCUUAUUAUUGCAAUAAAAUAUUUCUGACAUGAUUAUUCUUAUUAAUA